CGGGCCCUUGAGUGGGGGCCGGGCCGAACCGGGGCGCCGUUCUUACUGCGAGUUCCUGCUGGCCAGGGGACGAGCUCUCCCUUCCGCCCCGGGACUCCCACACCCAGGGGACCUCGCUGCCCUGGGACUCCCCCACCCAGCCCGGGCCCAGCUGGGGUGAAGCGUAGCCCGUCCGAGCGUCUUGGGGAGCUUUUACUGCUCCCGGGCCUGCAGCCCGCCCUGGGGUACUCUGCGGGGUACGGAGGUUUGGGGGACCCUCCUCCCUACGCCCCCCGGGGACGGGACGGUGCUCUUCAGGCACGGCCUCUUCGGAGGUUGGGUUGGUUGUGUUUUGAUUGUUAAGAGAAGCAAAGUGGGGGCACCCGACCAUAGUGUUGGUAAGGUUUCCGCUUAGAUGUUCUUGGACACCACGGAAGGCUACCCGGAGGAGGUGGCCGUGUGCGUGGAGGGGAGCUGCUUGAGGGACUGCAGGAUGCUUUGCGUGUGGGAUGGAAAAUGGAUUCCGUGUCUAUAACACUGAUCCGCUGAAAGAAAAAGAAAAACAAGAAUUCCUAGAAGGAGGAGUUGGUCAUGUGGAAAUGUUAUUUCGUUGCAACUAUUUGGCUUUGGUUGGUGGUGGAAAAAAGCCAAAAUACCCUCCCAACAAAGUGAUGAUCUGGGAUGACCUGAAAAAGAAGACUGUUAUUGAAAUAGAAUUUUCUACAGAAGUCAAAGCUGUCAAAUUGCGCCGGGAUAGAAUCGUAGUUGUUUUGGACUCCAUGAUUAAGGUGUUUACAUUCACACACAAUCCCCAUCAGCUACAUGUUUUUGAAACCUGCUAUAACCCUAAAGGCCUCUGUGUCCUGUGUCCCAAUAGUAACAACUCCCUCCUGGCCUUUCCGGGCACACACACGGGCCACGUGCAGCUCGUGGACCUGGCCAGCACUGAAAAGCCGCCCGUGGACAUUCCCGCCCAUGAGGGCGUCCUGAGCUGUAUUGCUCUCAACCUGCAGGGAACAAGAAUUGCAACUGCAUCUGAAAAAGGGACCCUUAUAAGAAUAUUUGACACUUCAUCAGGGAAUUUAAUCCAGGAAUUAAGAAGAGGAUCUCAAGCAGCUAAUAUUUAUUGCAUUAACUUCAAUCAGGACGCUUCCCUCAUCUGCGUAUCCAGUGACCAUGGCACAGUGCACAUUUUUGCUGCCGAAGAUCCUAAAAGGAAUAAACAGUCUAGUUUGGCAUCAGCCAGUUUCCUUCCGAAAUACUUCAGUUCCAAGUGGAGUUUUUCCAAGUUUCAGGUUCCCUCAGGCUCUCCAUGCAUUUGUGCCUUUGGAACAGAGCCCAAUGCUGUCAUCGCGAUCUGUGCCGAUGGCAGUUACUACAAAUUCCUCUUCAACCCCAAGGGGGAGUGUAUCCGAGAUGUCUACGCGCAGUUUCUAGAAAUGACCGACGACAAGCUGUGACUUCGCCAGGAACAUGAUCAACACCCAUGGCCGUUGCCCCCAGAGCACUGAGUGUGCCCCUCAAACUCCUGGGGCUGGUGCCAGCGCCCUGGGCCCUGUGGGUGACAGGCUGCAGGGACUAACUGGGAAACCUUGGUUGAAGCCAUAUGUGAUGUCUGUUUCCUGAGCAUGGCUUCCCCCUUUCAGUAUUAAAGAAGUGUCACCAAGGCAUCUUGGACACUCUGGUGGCUCUGAACAGCUGUGCUGCUGGUGGCUUGUUACUUAGUUCAACUGUGACGCUGGCUUUCGUGGUUCCACCCAUCAUCAUACCUGUAGUCAGGAGCUCCGCACUUAGGGACGGGUUUGGGAAAGGGAGGGAAAAGUGAAGCUUGCUUUUGACAACAGACUCCGUCAUUCUUACCGAGUUUAUAAUGGGGAAAGGAGCAAGUUUGUCAACGUUCUUACAUUAUAUAUACCAGAUUUUAAGCAGAAUCAGUACCAGCAGCUUGCCUUAGAAUAGAAGGGACUUGAUCCCUUCUCCCAUCUGAACACUAAUAACAACCAACACACUUGUGUUCUCAGACACAAGGUGGGCAUUUCCUUUGUGAGUCUGAGUCCUGGUCUUCUCGUGCCUGGUCUGCCCUGUUAUUUGGCUGUAUGUGCUCAGUGCUAGGUCCAGUCUUGCUGUCGGAGCUGUGAGAACUGAGGCAGUGCCCUGCCAGUGAUAGAGACUGUGCACUGCCCAUAGUGUCCUGGUGAAACUCCCUGUUACCUGUAGGGAACAGUCAACAUGAUUUUAAAAUUGGUGACAGGACAAAGUAUCAGUGUCCAGGCCUGGAAGGGAGCCCGUCACCAUCUCAGACAGUGCUGAGCUGUGCAGCGCAGUGUGUGGCCUCAGCCUGCCCCCCACCAUCUUCACCCCAAUAUUGAUGAGGAUAGUUGCACACUAACAUUUUGAGAAUGAAAGGCACAUGACUUUUUUUUUUAACGUUUGGUAACUAAAAUAGGUUAUGAUUUCUAUAUUGUUAGUAUUACUUUUGAGGUAUAUAUUUUUCAGUUCGCUUAAAAAAUAAAAAACUUAACCAUACGGUUUUGAUUUCAGGUUGCAAACAUUUAAAAUCUACAGCCACAAGUUCUCAGUUUUGCCAGUUUCUUUACUGUCAUGUAAUCAGCUAACUUUGUGAAUUUCAAUGUAAGUUAUGCAUGUUACUUUUACAUGUAUUUAAUCAUGGCAUUUAAUUUUGCACAAUUAUUUGUAAUGUUUCUUUUAAAUAAAAUUGACUAAUUUUGUUGUA